AUGCUUGGAUUCCCAGUUACUCCGCUCGCGGAGCGCUUGCUCAAUUGGCUUUAUGCCUUUGGCGGGCGCAACCAGGAGUCCGGGCCACUUGACAACGUGGAGAUGUUCAACACCUAUCACGGGCAGUGGGUGCCAGCGCCCCGCAUGCCCAAGCGCCGCGCCGGCAGCGCUGCAGCAGUGCUGGCGGAUGGGCGAAUGAUGGUGAUCGGCGGGUACACAGAGGAGGGCAUAGCCCAGGGCUUGUUGUCCAGCUGUGACGUCUUCAAUCCCUUCACCGGGGAGUGGACUGAGGACGGCGCAGCGCCUCUAAGUCGUGGCCGCUGGGGCCACGGUUGCGCCUCCCUGCAAAACAAGGACAUUCAACAGGAGAUUUUUCGUCUCACCGGAGCCCCAGCAUAUCGGCAGAGACUUCUUCAUGAGUCUGAGGUUCUGGACCCCAGACGAAGACUCCAGGACCUGGGCUUUACCCGGGAGCUGAGUUUGAUGCUCAUAGUCCAAGAUGUUUUAUGGCUUGCCACCACUUCUGUGGAUGGUGGAGUCAAGAUUUGGAAUGCAGAUACCGGAGAGGUAGUUCAGACUCUAGGUGGCCACCAAAAUGGUGUUCGGCAUGCUACCUUUUCGUCAGACGGGUGUACGUUGCUUACUGCCGCUCGGGAUUGUACUGCAAAGAUAUGGAAUGCGUUGACUGGCGAGCCUAUAGAAGUUCUUCGUGGUCACACCAAUGCCGUGUACAAAGCAGUCUUUUCUGACGACGGGCUCAUGGUGCUGACUGCUUCCAAUGAUGGCACUGCCAGACUUUGGUAUGUGCUCACGGGAGAAUGCAUCAAGAUUUUUGCUCCCCACGACGAUGGGGUCAUAUCUGCAAUCUUUGCCCGAGAUGGUUCCAUUUUGACCGCCAGUGUGGACCGCACCGCGAGGGUGUGGGACCUUCAAACAGCUGAGUGCGUACAGGUGCUGAAACGGCCAAGAGGUGAAGUCAUUGUCGCCGUCUUUAGCACACGGCAGUCAUUGAAUCUCGCCCUCUACACUCUGCAAGAAGGGACUGCAAAGCUGUGGAAUAUUGCCACGCAGCAAUGCAUACAGACUUUCAAGGGUCAUAGGGCCUACAUUACUGCGGCAACCCUGUCUCGAGACUGCUCGCAACUGCUGACGGCUUCAUGGGAUCGCAGUGUGAAGCUGUGGCCAGUGCAAGCUUUUCGAAAGACCAGGAAGCCGGCUAUGACCUUUUUGGGACACAGCAAUGGUGUUGUGUCGGCGGAGUUCUCUGUAGACAUGACAAAGAUAGUCACAGCUGCCUCAGAUGGUGCUGCCAAAAUUUGGGUCUAUGUGGUCGGCGGAUGCUCCUUGCAGCUUGAAGCACAAGCUGCAGAGGCUUUUAUGGUGACGCUGCGACACUGUGAGAUCUACCUUCCCGAUGAGAACAGGUGGGUGCCCACGGGCGCCUUGCAGAUUCCGCGCUCGGGCACGCGUGUGGUUGCACUAGAUUCCAGCCACCUGGCUGCCAUCGGCGGCUGCGACGAUGUCUUCGGGCGAGCCGAGACGCAACCCACGGUCGAACUCUAUGAUGCGCACACAGAGCUCUGGUCCAUCUUGCCGCACCACUUGAAGAAUCCCAGGUGCAACCGGGAUCCAGUUGUUUUGGCGGAGAACCAAGACACCACAGUUCGGGUGUGUCCGAGCAUGGGGAGUAUGGAGAGUCACAUCGGCGCCGACUUGCUCCAUGAACUGAUGCCGAAGCCAGAGGAAGAACUGGGUCGCGGCCCGGCGCACGGAGCGCCUCCUUGCCUCCUCACGGCCAUUGGAAAGACGGUGCCAUACAGCAGCAAAAUCAAGGCCGAGGAGACAGGGUCUUCUCCAAGUACAGCAUCAGAGCUGCGCCUGGUUGAGGAUACGCCCACUUGCAGCAGCCUGUCCGACUCCCCACGUCGAUGGCGGGAGAUGUCGCCAAUGAAGGUGCCCAUUCCGGAGGCCUACCGCAAGGAGCUCUUGUCAUCAAAUUGGCCAUUGCGUGUGGAGCGCAGCCAAGAUGCUACUCGUGAGCCCUUGCCAACCCUGGCGGCAUGGGCACAGGCAGAGGCUCGGGCGGGACGCUUUACAUGCCUCAGCACGACACCAGAGCUCACCAGGCCAGCACCACCUGCCUAUCCACCACCCGCCUGGCCUUGUUCCUUUGAAGCACCUCCUUCCCUGCCGAUUCCCCCGCUGCCUCCCCAAUCCGCGGAUGGCGACUACGCGCCACUGUCGCAAGAAAGCCGUCGCCGUGUGGCCACAGGCAAGACGGGAAACUUCCUGGCAAAAUUUGUGUUCAACGGCUUUGAUGCAUCGAACCAUGCAGAUUUCGAGCUUGUGCCCCGUCUCAUCGGUCGCAAGGGAUGCAACCUGCGCCCCAUCUCUCAAUCCUGCAGAGGCAAAAUCCGCGUCACUGGAUGGGAUGGCUCUCAGCCAAUGGGAAAGUUCCAGACGACUGGCAAGCCGAACGUGGAUUCACCAGUCGAGGUGACGCUGUCCUGCCAUGACCAGGAUAGUUUGGACGAAGGAAUCCGACAGAUCAACGUCCUAUUGGAAGACCUCAGCAACCACUUCUCUCGUUAUUGCUACAAGCGCGGCAUCAGCCCAGUUCCUGAACUGCCAGAGAGUGCUCCCCAGGGUCGCAAGUUGGAAAAGGAAAGAUCUGAUUUGCCACUGGGGUGCGACGCAGGUACUUGCGGGAAUCUCCUGUCAGACUCUGUUGAGGGAGUGUUGAACCCACUGAAGCGAGUGCCGGGAUUGCGGAAGGUGGCCUUGGCAGCAGCACAAGAAGUGGUGAAGCUUGCCCGUUGUGCACCCUUUUGCAGUGUGGAUAUGGAGAAGAAUUGGAAGGACUAUGUGGGUCUAUGGGAAUAUGAGGUGCCUAAGCCUCAGCGAGGCUUCUGUCAUGAAAACACCUCCAUGUCCAGCAUGGUGGUGACGGAGAAUCGUCGGACAACAGCUGGUGCCGCUGCCUGGGCUCCGGGGCAGCUGCUGGUGAUUGGUGGUGCACCCUCGAUGUGCAGUGCUGAGGUCUAUCGGGUUCAGAUUCCAGAAGGCUUGCCUGCAGUUGAAGAUGAGAAAAUUGCCUUGGGCCUCAAUGAUUGGUGGUUUGAACAGAUCAAACUUGCGGCAGUGGCUCAGGAUGACCUCCCUGACAAGCGAAUGGGCUGUCAGGCAGCCGUGCUGUCACUGCCUUCUGGUGGGAAGACAUACCCUGUGACUGAUCGGCGCUGCGUGGUGGUCAUUGGUGGGGAGAAGUACGAUGAAGUUCCAGAAGUGUCCAGAAUCAGGCAGAUGUCUGCAGUGCCUGUCUAUGACACUGAGCUUGCAAAAUGGCGCGAAGAUCGCGUGGUUCCGCCAUUGCCUUGCCCACGCACGGCGGUGGCGGUUUGUGUUGGCCUCGGUCGUGGAGAAUUGUAG